UUUUAUACCUUUUAAUGUUUAUCUUAUAACGAAAAUUCAUAAAUAGAUAUAAAUACUGCAAGUAUGGUACUGUUUAAGUUAUUAAUUAUGGUUUUCAUUGGAGUUUUUCUAAGGGAUGUGAUGUCACUUUACAAUCCACUGUUAACGUAUACUAUACGUUUUAAAAAAAUGUCUACACAUAAUAACCUCACUGGAAAUUUCUCGAUCGACCAAUACAAAGAUGAUCAAUAUAUAAAUGGAAAUGUUACUAUACAUUCGAAAUUAUUAAUCGACAAAGUAAUCGUAGUUAUCUAUCGUUGUGAUGCCGAUGGCAUUAAUUGUGAAUACUUUCAAACGUGGACAUUAACAGAUAUUUGCCCUAAAUUGAAGGAUAAGAAUCAAAUAUGGUCACGUUGGUACAAUUCGUUUGAUCCACCUAUGGUUUGUCCAAUAGAUAAAGUAAAUUAUCGAUUGAUAAAUGGAACAUAUGAUAUUGACCAAGCGGUUCGUUGGUAUUCUGAUAUGACUAACUAUCAAUGGAAAGUGACACAAAAAAUGUAUGCUGGUGAUGUAUAUAUCGGUAGUUAUGUCUUUCACAUUUCUAUAUUCAGUUAUAGAAAAAGACUCAAACCUUUACUUAACUUAUAGUUAUGUAUUUAAAUAAUCGACCGACAAAUACAAAUCACUUUUAAAUUGUUCUAUUUCAUUAUUAAAAA